AUGGCCGACCUCAACACUGGUACUCGCAACAUUGUACGCGAGGACCCUCUACGCGAGGACCCUCCCACUCCCAGCGUGCCAGGAGCUUUCCCCGGAGAGCCGAACAAAUCUUCCAGUGCUUUGUCCGCAAACAUUGUCGUCCCUCAGACCCAGCCUGUGAUCAGUGGAGAAGCACCACAGCCCGGUAGGGAUACGGCAAGCCCACGCUCUGCAACCCAUCCUGGCCAGGAUGCACCCAUUGUCACUUCGAUAAACGACCAGAGCCCAUCUGCCUACAACUCCCACACCUCUCAUCCGACUGAUGGAAUCCAGCCUUCCCUGAAGAAGACAGACGACGAAAUACUUGCAUCAGCGGCCGAGGAACAGGUCUUGGAGCAAGUCGCUUGCCCCAUCGAGGCUAGACCAGAGGAUAAGCAGGCUCAGGUCGAUUCCAUUCUAAAUGAGAACAACAACCACGGUACCGUGACUGCUGCCGAGCUCGCCCAAGAAAUCGCAGCCAGUGCAACAAGUGCCGCGGCCGCGGCUGCAAAGGCUGCGCAAGAAGCAGCGGCAUGGGCUACGAACAAGGCAGUUGAGAACUACCCGGCCGCCAGGGAUACAACUCUCGACGCUGCCGCCACCGCAGGAGAGACGACCCAGUCGGCUGUGCAGAAUGCUGCCUCUGUUCUUCCUGAUUCUGUAAAGAAUGCACUGGGCACAACUGCUACGGCGGCCACCGGGCAUGCUGAUGCAAACCCUCCCCUCGAAAAAGUUGCACCUGGCGUCCCGGCGACUGUGCAAUCAUCUCUGGAGCGGGCCGGCGAGUCGCCCGAAGCGGCUGCAAACCCAGAGGCUGUCCAGGACAAGCAGAUUCUCGAAUCACAACUGCUCACCAUUGCCAAGGCUGCCGGAGUUGACACAGAGGAGGAGCAGAAUGCACUGAAGGGAACACCCUCUUCCACCACCGAUGACACCCCGGCACACAAGGGAGCCGGUACAGUUGCUGCUGUGGGUGCACUCGCAGGAGGUGCCGCUGCCGCCAGUCAUCAUCAGCAGGGGCCAAGCCAGCCUCACAUGCCUCAGCGAGCUGAGAGCACUGAUUACGUCAAAAUCUUGGGUACUGAGACAAUAAGGCAUCAGAUCCAUGCUUCCAACAACACCACUCCCAGGCAGCCCACCACCUCAACCCACUCACUCUCGCAGAGCCCAAAUGCCGGAAACACACCCGGUACCGGGGUUGGUGCAGUCCAGCGCUCUCCUGCACAUGGCGGCGGGCCCGCGGGUGGUGCUCCUGAGUACCGUUCCGCCGUUCCCGCUUCCGAUCACCGGGGAUCUCAGCCCCACGAUGACAUGCCAACUUCUCUGCAGGCAAAGCAGAGGCAUGACGACUCCCCAUCUACCAUCCAAGACAAUGCAGCUGCCCUGGGCUCUGCAGUCGCUGCAGGCGGUAUUGGCCAUGGACUCUCAACUUUCUCGCACAGAGCUGAGGACCCAACGCAGAACCAGUCGUACAGAGAGCACCCACGAUCAACAGGCACAGCUGCCCAAGCUCCCGGGCACGGAGUUCCCACCCACCGCCAGCCUUCGCCGCCUAGCUAUGGUCAGAGCCAGGACUCGGCCCAAAACUACAGUCUCUCAUCUGGGGCUGAUUCUGGAAUCUCGGGCCAGCACGGCGCGGGCAGCAGGCAGUACACCAAUCCUCACUCGGGUGCAGACUCUAGGAUCUCUGGCCGGAACGAGGAAGAGCCAAUCAACGUUGAAUACAACAAGUUGGGCUCUGGUACCGUAUCCGGUGUUGCCAACCCUCAUUCUAACACUAAAUAA